CAACAAAGUAGACACGGUUCGCAGCUACUAUCACCAUGUCGGCAUUAGGACCUAUCGACCCGUCCUCGGUACAAAACGAGGAGCAGAAGGAAGCACCAUGGAUCGUCAGGAAACUAGCGGGGUCCAUGACUGGCCGGGUAGUCAUAUCUAGCUAUGAGUCUUUAAGAGCAACAGGCACCUCGGUCGUCUGUCUUUCGCCAUGGGGAGACUCAACUCCUCUGGUCCUCCCAUGUAUUCGCUUCCGCGAUUUGGCAAUUCAUGCCGUUGUAGCGGCAACGGGUGGAACAGCAGCCAUCGCUGCACCUGUCAUGGGCCCAAUCUCAGAUGUGGUCGUGGGCUCCCUCGGAGAUACAAUCCUCGUUGAGCUCGGCCUUCACGCGGGGUUUGAAGCAGCUGUCUGGGCAGGCGAUGAAAUACUCAUCGACAAGCCGAUGAAGAAGAUCAUACCAGUACACUCUGCGAACCUUACUACGUCUGGUGUGAAGAUAUUAACAAUCACGUUGAAAUACAAGCAUUCUGUUGAAGAUGCCGCCCUGGGCUUCUUCAGAAGUUCAACACAUGCAGAUCCCAGUCUUUUCGCGAGUGUCAGUGGCUACCUGGCCGUAGAGAAAGGAUGGUUCAGCCCUUAUUUAUUUGCGAGCGCAAGAAGGCCAAUCAUUCCGAGGACAAUGAAACCAGAUGUCGUCUUUUGUCAUGGACCUUUCUUGUCUGGCGACUAUAGUGUCGGGGAGACACUCGUCGCACAGAGUGCAAAGGUUCUUCAUCUCUGUCAAGCACCUCCCACUACAGAAAGCACAGCUUCUUCUGCUCCGCAGCAGACGCCGUCGAUGAGCUUCAAAGACAAGCUUAAUGUCUCCAAAAUGAACGAGAAGCUCAACGACAAGUUCACAACUCUGAUACAUCGAACGAAAUCUCAUCCUUCCUCUGAUAUACCAGCAUCAGAUCCACAAAGUUUAUUUCCCGAUUCUCCAGAUUCUCCACCCCCAACGCUGCAGGCAACAGUUCCCCCGCCCCGUCAGCUAGCUGUCAUUCUUCUCGGGUUGGAGCCACAUCGUCUAGGGAUGUGGACAUCAUCUGCUCGGCCGUCCGAGUCCGUACUACAGUACAUCCUCCUAAACGGCGCACCCACCAUUAUAUUACCCGCUCUCGCUGGAGCACCAUUGAUUGCAUGGAACACCCUCACACUCCGUCAAAUCCAAGCGAAACGUGAUAAAUACGACGGAAUUGUACGUAUCUUGUUCGAGUACAUUUCUCUAUGCGUUGACUGGGCUCGCGUCACUGUCGGUGAAGGGGUUGAGGAUCGGGAGAAAGCCGUACGUGAUGCGUUGGAGCUUGUUGUUGCUUCGGCGGCGCAAAGCUUUGACAGUAAGCGCGUUAAAAAGGAUGUGGAUCUGGAUCGUGCUGGCAUUGUCAUCUUUCGAAUUCUUUAAUAUCUU